AUGACGGACGACUCCCCGAUCCAACGGCUCUCAGACCAUCUACUCGCGAGAAUCCUCCAUCUCGCCUCUGCACCCGGCGGGUUCCAGCACGCGCUAGUGUGCAAGAAGUGGCGCGACGCGGCGUAUCGCGUGCAGGAUGCCGUUCAGCUGCGCGCCAACCGUCGCAUGGACGCGCGCCGACUGCUCUCCGAGCUCUCGGCAUUCCCGAGGCUCACAGAACUCAUCCUGUCGGAUCGGAGCCUGAUAUCAAUUCCCGAUGGUUUCCUCUCGACGCUGGGCGCCGCGCAUCCCGGGCUGAUCAAGUUUCACUUCCGAACCAUGUUCGAUACCGUUGCGCGCAUCGAAUGCUUCACGGAGGAAGGUCUUUCGCGCUUCUUCCAGAGAUGCACGCGCCUCGAGGUCCUCUAUCUCGAGUCCCCGCCGUGUCUGCCCGCCAUUCCCGCCGCCAUCGGCGCCCUCGCUUGUCUCGCUCACCUGCACCUCGCGGCGCACGCGCACCGCCUCCCGGACGCCUUCACGUGCUUGCGCGCGCUGCUCACGUGCGUACUGCACAUGCCCGCCCUGCAACAGCUGCCUCUGGGCUUCGGCAGCCUCACGUCCCUCCAGUCCUUGCACCUCGAUGCGUGUCAAUGUCUCUCCUCACUCCCGGAAUCCGUUGGGGAGCUCACUAACCUAGACCGCCUGUCCAUCAGCGGCUGCAGCAGCUUCCGCCUGCCGGAGUCCUUCCCUGCGCUGGCAUCGCUCAGGGAGUUGAAGGUGAAGCGUUGCGAGGCGCUCUCCCCAAUACCGGAUGAUGUCGGGCGGCUGCAGGCGCUUGAGAGCGUGGUGUUGGAGGACGUGGGUGGCAUCGCAGGCCUUCCUGAGUCCUUGGGGUACCUGCAGCGCCUGCACUCCCUUUCCAUCGACGGCUGCCACGACCUCUCGUCUCUGCCCACCUCCCUGCCCGGCCUAUCAUCACUCGCACAUCUCCACCUCAACGCGUCGAAACUCUCGGCACUGCCAGAUGUCUUCGGGUGGGCCUCGAACCUCCGAUCUUUUAGCUUAUUCGCCGGCAGCUUCACACUCCUGCCUGACUCCUUACCUCUCGCCGCGGCCCUGCAGCAGCUGGCGCUUCACAAUCUGCACUCGCUCACGGCUCUUCCUCGCGACUUGGGAAAGCUCACGAGCCUGCGGGAGCUGGAGAUUGUGGAGUGCAGCGAGCUGGUGGGGCUGCCCGCCUCGCUGUGCCUGCUCUCGUCCCUCACACGCCUCACACUCACUGAAUGCCCUGCACUGGCAGCGCUACCACAAGCCAUGGGCCUUGGCCUGCACAGUCUACAAGAGCUCACUCUCGACUGCAAGAACAUCACCCACCUGCCUCCGUCAUUCUUCAGCCCGACCUCGCUUGAACAGCUAGGCAUGUUUCACCUGGCGUGCGUGAGAGGGCCCCUGCCAGACAGCUUCAGCCGCUUCACACGGCUGAGGGAGCUCUCUCUCGUUGCCAUGCCGCACCUCACCGCCCUCCCGGCGUCGCUGGCUGCCCUCGCCCCCACGCUCACCAGCCUGCGGGUGGACGGCUGCAGCGAGCUGAGGGACGUGGCGGAGGGGCUCAGCCGGCUGACAAUGCUUGAGUCGCUCACCAUCACGCAUUUAGAUAGCUUGAGAUCACUCCCGCGGUCGCUGCUUGAGCUGCCCGGGCUGCGGGAAGUAGUGGUGGAUGAGUGCAGUGAAUCAGGCAAGACCACUAGCGGUGUAUCUUGGUCCUUCUCUCACCCUUUUUCAUCUCCUACCCGUUGCUGCCCUGCUCUGCCUCCCUACAUUCCCUCUGAUCCUCUCCUCCCCCUCUUCUCCUCUCCCUUUGUCUCCCCUCGUCCCUGUCCCUGUGCUCCCCUUUCUUCCCUUUCCAUCCCUCCCCCUGUCCUUCUGCUGGAUAUGGUGCGGCACUCGAGCCCUCGUCGGUUGGUGAUGGGGCGACUCGAGUAUGCAGCCGACGAGGAAGAUCGCGAUCAAGCGGCUCGAAGAGAGAGUAGCGACGAGGACGAGGAGCCAAGGGCGCAGGAGGAGGGGGCGGAGGAAAAUAGGGGUUCAGGGGAUGAGGAGAGCGAUGACGAGUUGGGGCAUGAACGGGCAGCUGCGAUUGAAGUCGGUGUUGUAAUGGGAGAAAUGGCGGGAGAAGACGAUAACGAGGAUGACGAUAACGAUUCGGACGAUGCGCCCGAGGAGUUCACUCUGUCGCAGGUGCCCGCCCACCAUCGCCGUCUCUCCGUCCGCCCGUCGCUGCUUUCCGUCUUUUCCUCUCUUCGCGCCACUGCUUCUGAACUGAUUUGCGCAUCACUGCGUAAAAUUUCCAAACCCGAAACCUUCGCUGUGCCGCUCCUCUCUCCCCGCCCUACCAGGGACGCGAGCGGGUGUCGCAGCAGCGCCAACAGGAGGCGGAAGCCCGCCGCAUCUCUUCCCCUCCGCCGUUGUGACCCGCUGUAUUGCGUUGCUCAUUCCGAUCCUCUACACGCCGCCCCACCUCGCAGGGUCGCCAAGGCUGACAGAGAGGUUCGGCAAAAGCGAGCAGGCUUGGUAGCGAAGGGAGAGGAGGGGGAGGGAGAGGGAGAGGGCGAGGAGCGGCGGGGCAAGGAGGCGGAGAGGAAGGCGAAGCGCAGGCGCGAGCUGGAGGGACGCGCGGAGAGGCGCACGCGGCGAAAGGGCGCGGCGGAGGGGGGAGACGAGGCGGCGGGGUCGCUGGUACCCGCAGAGGCGAGGGGCGGUGCUCGGGAGGAGGGGAUGGUGGGGGGUGCGGGUGCGGGCGAGGAGGAGGGGGAGGGCGCGGUGGAGGGGGGCGCGGUGGAGGGGGGCGCGGUGGAGGGGGGCGCAGUGGAGGGGGGCGACUUUCUUCCCGCGGACGUGAUUGCUGCCGUCACACGGCGCCAGCACACCAGGUCGGACGGGGCGAUAGUCAUCCAGGCAGGCGCGCCGGCACCGGAGGGCGAGGAGGCAGCGCGGGCCAUCAUGCGCGCCGCGCAGAGCUUUCGGCACGGGGUGCUGUUUGGGCGGCGGCAGCGAUCACUUGCAGCGCUGGGGUUUGUGGACCCCACGGCGCUCAAGGUGCCCGGGCAGUGGCGCGCCCACAAGCAUCUUGUGGCGGGGGGUGUGGGGGGAGCGGGCGUGCAGGGGGGUGUGGGGGCACGGAAGGGAGGCGGCAAGCGCAACGGGAGGGGCCGUGGUGGUGCUAGGCGGUGA